AUGAGUUCAGGAUCACUACUCGUGACGGAGCCAGUGCCGGUAACAGUGCACAGCGAGACGGACGAAGUAGAGUUCGCGGUGCAUGACCAACCGUCGGUCCCGAACCUCCUGGGGAGGGUAGAAUUGGAACGGUUUGACUUGGUUGAGAGAAGGUCCGGGAAGGCGUUGGUCCUGGCGGCGCAGAGAGGCGCAGUUGAUGAGAUACGGCUUGCGGAGAAGUACAAAGGGCAGCCACCAAUAGUGGAGGAGCAGUCGGAGGAUCCCUUCGAGAGGCAGCGGCAAUUAUUCGUGGAGGCACGGGACACCUGGACCAGAGCCUAA